AUGGAGGAAACUAAAAAGCCACUCAAGAUAUUGAUGACAGCAAUGUUCGAUUUCGGUCAUCUCAGCUCGUGUCUAGGAAUUGGUUACUUUUUGGUUAAACGUGGUCAUCAAGUGUAUUUCGCUCAUUUCCCAAAGUACCAGUCAAUCAUUGAAAGACAAGGAAUGCAAUUCAUUUCACUUUAUGACUAUGCCGAUGAAGGUGCAGAGCUGAGUGACGCUGUUCCUCGAAGUUCAGUCAACUUUAAACCUCGUUUUGAGCGGUCAUUGAAAAUGGGUCCUUUUGAAUCUCUCAAAGAGCAACUUGCAACUGGUGCUAUCAAUACUGGUUUUAUUAAAAUCCUUGACAACUACAUAACUGAAAAUGAUAUUAUGCACAAAAUUGUUGGUCAACUAGAGCCCCAGAUUUGUCUCGUUGAUUACCUUUACCCUUUACCCUGGAUGUACUUAGUUGACUGUCCAGUUGUACCAAUCAAGUCAACCAAUCCAGUUGGCCUUUACAGUCGUGGUCCACCACCAAACUCUGGAUUUUCAGUUAAGGAAUCAACAAAGGACUGGACCGAGUUUAAAGAUAUCAAUAACGAAGUAAACAUACUAAUUUUGGAAAAGAUUGUAGAGAUUUUCAAACAAUAUGAAGUCCCACUCAUUCACCGAGAUCAUGUUAAAGACCUUGGUAUCUACAUUUAUCCCGAACCAAUAGACUACCGUGAAUUGGGUCCACCAAGAAAUAGGUGGGUUCGACUUGAUUCAGCUUUACGAGAACAUGAUACAGAAGAGUUUGAGAUACCAGAGAAACUUAAAGAUAAACCAGGAAAAUUGAUUUAUGUCUCAAUGGGAACAAUGGCUUCAACUGUAACUGAACUACUAACCAUGAUAUUGACUCCAUUGGCCAACUCACCUCAUCGUUUCAUCGUCUCAACAGGUCCUAAUGGUGACUCAAUCACGCUAUAUGAUAACAUGUGGGGAGACAAGUUUGUCAACCAAAUGGCCAUUUUACCCAAAGUCGAUCUAUUCAUAACUCAUGGAGGAAGCAAUUCGCUGAUUGAAGCCUUAGCUGCUGGUGUACCAUGUAUAGUCAUUCCCCAAUUCGGUGACCAACCAGACAAUGCUCAACGAUUAGCCGAUCUCGGUUUAGGUGUGAGGUUAAACUUGCAUGAAUUUAGUGAUGAGAAGCUACUAAAAGCCAUUGAAGAUGUGCUCAAUGAUGAAGAGCUUCAUUCAAAGGUUACUCGAGCAAGUGAAAGGCUGAAAAGUACAGAUUCAAGAGAUAAAGUUAUCUCGCUCAUUGAAGAGCUGGCUGAAACCGGAUCAGUACUAUUUUAA